GAUAACACUCUGAAACACGUGUUCGCUUUUAAGUACGUUAAGAUACUUUCACCUGGAUAUUGAACAAAAGUGACCUGCACUGACCGCAGCCAUGCUUGAGGCAGACGCAGAGAGAGGUCAGACCCUUGCUAAGAGUACAUUUCGCAACAUGAAGGAGAUGCUCGACAAUUCUUUCAAAUGGAAAUGGAUAUCGCUAAUAUUCACCAUUUCCACCACUGCAUUCCUAGUCAUUAGCGUAUCCGUCUGGGUGGUAAAGGACCGCCAGAUCGAGGCUGCCAAGCUACCCAGCUGUACUCACGAUUCAGACAGACCGCUGGUAAGGGCCAAACGCCAGUCGGCAAGCGAAAGCGACGUAUUCGCUGCCCUCACGGCCGAGGAAAUUGAUGAGGUUUUAGAUUACUUAUACACGGACACAAACUUAAAUUUGACAAAACCGGAGGAAGCGGCUAUGGACUCAAGCUUCAUACACACUAUCGAACUGCAGCCACCGAGGAAGCAGAGUGUACUGGAUUACCUGUCAGGUCUGACCGGGCCACCGAAAAGGAUGGCCAAGGUGCUGAUGUUCCGCGGCGAUGCCUCUCCCCCCGUCCUGCAGGAGUAUAUUGUUGGCCCAAUGUCUAACAUAUCGGAGGCUCGGGUGAUGAACACAACAGCAAGACAAACUACUAUUCCGUACAACUUCAGACCAUUCUCAUCUUUCGAAUUUAAGGCAAUCUACAAACACAUUAUAAGGUACGUAGCGAUGCGUGCUGGUCAUGUACUGAGGGAGAGUUACAACGCCACCCCGUUUGACUGUGGAAAUCAAUGUUUGAGGUUCUCCAUGACCCCAAUAUCGAGUGCUUUUCUAUCGAACGGUGAACGCAAGUCAUGGUUCUGGUUCGCUUACGACCUCGAAUUCUUCACAUUACAUCCUCUGGACUUUCAGUACAGAGUCAACAUGACAAGUGCUCACCCCGAAGAAUGGACCAUUGAGAAUGUAUGGUACGCGAAACAGAUGUUCCCAAGUCUGGACGACUUUCUAACUAAAUACACUUGUGGGUCGAUCAACAAGACUGUGAUGACAUUUCCAACCGCUGAAGAAAACAGGUAUAGUUCCUUAGAGUUCCGAGAACCAUUAUUCCCUGAAGAGAAUCUCCGCCCUCCCAUUCAGGUUGAACCCGACGGAACCCGUAUCACAAUAGCUGGAAAUAAAAUACACUACCUUGCUUGGGAUCUAAAGUACCGCAUGUCUCCCACGGUCGGACUACAACUAUUUGACGUUAACUUUGACGGAGAGAGAAUCAUGUACGAGGUUAGUCUACAGGAGGUGGUGGUAACAUAUUCUGGAUUCAGCCCAUCCGCUCGUAUGCUAAACUACGCUGACAGCGCGGGUUUGUUUGGUACCAGGUGUAGGGGACUGCUCCCCAGUGUCGACUGUCCGGCCAACGCACGGUUCAUUAACACACACUUGUACUCUGCUAAUGAAGGAGGUCAUCGGACGUACGAAAAUGCAAUGUGUGUAUUUGAACAUACUACAAACACACCAGUUCGCAGACAUCGUGCCUACGGUCGCAUAGGGGCUUUUUAUGCAGGUCUGGUCAGUUCUGUAUUAGUGGUGAGAACGAUUCUAUCUGUGAUUAAUUAUGACUAUGUCUAUGACUUUUACUUCUAUCAGACCGGUGCAGUGGAGGUAAAAAUCUCCCUGACUGGCUAUCUCGGCACCACCUUCCACACCUCAGAGGAAAGUCCAUAUGGAGUUCACAUCAAGGAAGGCAUCAACGCUGGAAUUCAUAACCACUUAUUUCACCUUAAGGUUGAUCUAGAUGUAAAAGGAACAGAAAACCGGUUUGAAACCCUCGACAUCAAGGUGGAAAACAAGACAGAUCCCUGGGUCGAUGGUGGAUACCACAUGCAAACUUACUAUGAAAGAAAUGUAAAAGAAACGGAACUUGAAGCACGCUGCAAUUAUAAUAUCUCAGCUCCAAAAUAUCUUCUGGUCUCUAGCAAUAACGAAACUAGUGCGCAAGGUCUUCCUCGGUCUUACCGCCUGCUUCCUAGAGGGAUGUCGAAUUUGUUGGUAAAUCCCGACUACGGAUUCUCCAGUUCUAUUCCAUGGGCAAGACAGCAGGUGGCAGUGACACGACACAAGGACGAUGAGGAGACAAGCACCUCCAUCUUUGCUAUGUGGGAUGCCAGCGAUCCAGUCGUCGACUUUGCCAAGUACAUAGAAGACGACGAGAAUAUUGUUGGGGAGGACGUAGUUGCCUGGGUAACCCUUGGAACUCAGCAUAUCCCACAGACCGAAAAUGUUCCCAAUACAGGUACAGUCGGGACACAUUUGUCUCUCUUCAUCAUGCCAUACAACUACUUUGACGAGGACCCCUCCAUGAGAUCGCGUGACGGUGUGCGCGUCACCCCAAUUUCAAAUGAACGUCCGACAGAGGGCGCUUAUGUAGAGCGUUAUAACCGAAAGGUAGACGAAGCGUGUGUGGCGAGCGUUUCUCUCCCUGAUGACGACCUAAAACAGAAUAGUAGAUUUCUGUUCACAUAGUUAUAAUGACUACGGCUUACUUUAGAACACACAGGCAGCUAAGCUAUUUCAAAACUAUCACAUAUAUACACAUUACGUUACAGUUUGACGAGAAGGAACUUUAACCAAGCAGUCGCUUAUUAAACAAAGAGUCACCAGUUGUACUCUAAGUGAGCGGACAAACUGCUAGACUUAAUGUGAUUCGUGUUAUCAUGUUUAAGUACACAGUAUUUUAACAAAGCAACAAUGCAAUUUUAUUGUUGUCUGAAAGCGUUGUAUAUUGUUUGCCAUCUUUACACUGUAAUAUUUUACAUAAGAUAACAAUGUUCACGUUCAUCCCCAAGUAUUUAUACUUAUAAUCAUUGCUGUGUGUUUAUAUUUAUGUGAACCUUCAAUAAUUGAUAUUUAUUAAGGUGUUUAUGAUGUUUUGAACGGAACAAUAAUAUAAAUCAUAUGUAAUUUAAUGUUCAACGAAUACCAAGAUUUUAAUUGGCGAAUUAAACUUUUAUUCGGAAAUAGCUUACCACGGAAGGAAUGUUUGGAAGUGUAUGCCUCUAUAUAUCAGUUCGCAGUUCUAUAAUGUGUGGAGAGGCUUUUCAUCAAUAUAUAUCAAUCUAUAGUACUAUAAAGUGUGGACAGAUUUUCCUUCAAUAUAUCAAUCCGCAUAAAUAUAAUGUUUGGACAGGCUUUCCUUCAAUAUAUCAAUCCACAGUACUAUAAAUGUGUUGCCAGGCUUUUCUACAAACUAUUAACCCUCAGUACUAUAAAUGUGUGGGCAGGCUUACCGUCAAUAUGCUUAUCCGCAGUACAUAUUUUGACAGGCUUUCCUUUAAUAUAUCAAUCCACAGUGCUAUAAAUGUGUUGACAGGCUUUUCAUCAAUAUAUCCAUCUGCAGUACUAUAAUGUGUUGACAGACUUUCCUUCAAUAUAUUAAUCGACAGUGCUAUAAAUGUGUUGACAGGCUUUUCAUCAAUAUAUCCAUCUGCAGUACUAUAAUGUGUUGACAGGCUUUCCUUCAAUAUAUCCAUCCGCAGUACUAUAAUGUGUUGACAGACUUUCCUUCAAUAUAUCAAUCCGAAGUGCUAUAAAUGUGUUGACAGACUUUUCAUCAAUAUAUCCAUCUGCAGUACUAUAAUGUGUUGAUAGGCUAUCCUUCAAUAUAUCAACCUUCAAUAUUUUAAUCCGCAGUACUAUAAUGUGCUGACAGGCUUUCCUUCAAUAUAUCAAUCCGAAGUGCUAUAAAUGUGUUGACAGACUUUUCAUCAAUAUAUCCAUCUGCAGUACUAUAAUGUGUUGAUAGGUUUUCCUUCAAUAUAUCAACCUUCAAUAUUUAAAUCCGCAGUGCUAUAAUGUGCUGACAGGCUUUCCUUCAAUAUAUCAAUCCGAAGUGCUAUAAAUGUGUUGAUAGGCUAUCCUUCAAUAUAUCAAUCCGAAGUGCUAUAAAUGUGUUGACAGACUUUUCAUUAAUAUAUCCAUCUGCAGUACUAUAAUGUGUUGAUAGGCUAUCCUUCAAUAUAUCAAUCCGAAUUGCUAUAAAUGUGUUGAUAGGCUAUCCUUCAAUAUAUCAAUCCGAAGUGCUAUACAUGUGUUGAUAGGCUUUCCUUCAAUAUAUCCAUCCGCAGUACUAUAAUGUGUUGAUAGGCUAUCCUUCAAUAUAUCCAUCCGCAGUACUAUAAUGUGUUGACAGGCUUUCCUUCAAUAUAUCAAUCCGCAGUGCUAUAAAUGUUUUGAUAGGCUAUCCUUCAAUAUAUCAACCUUCAAUAUUUUUAUCCGCAGUACUAUAAAUGUGCGGACAGGCUUUUCAACAAUAUAUCCAUCCGCAGUACUAUAAUGUGUUAAUAGGCUUUCCUUUAAUAUAUGAAUCCACGGUACUAUAAAAGUGUAAUAAGGCUUUCCUUCAAUACAUCAAUCCUAUAGCAGUACUAUAAAUGUAUAAACAGGCUAUCAUUCAGCAUAUCAAUCUGCAAUACUAUUAUGUGACGACUGGCUUUCUUUAAAUGUAUCAAUGCGCAGUACUAAAUAUGUGGAUAGGCUUUGUUUCAAUAUAUCAUUACGCAGUACUAUAAAUGUGUGAACAGGCUAUCGUUCAAUACAUCAAUCUGCAGCACUAUAAUGUGUGGACAGGCUUUUCUUCAAUUUAUAGACAUAUAUAUUUUGAAUCCGCUGUACGUUGUUCGUGUACUUAUAUAAGCCAGCGUUCUGAUAUAUGUGUUAGAGUGUAUUCAAUUGUUUUUUUAUCACUCGAGAUUUUUAUACUUAUAAUCAUU